AUGAGGGGUGCUGUAACUGCCCCUGUGAAUGAGACAGCUCUGGACUCACAUCUCUGCCCAUUUUGUGUGCAGGACACCCCCCAAGAGCCUGAUCCUGUGCCCCCCGUGGCUCCCCUGGCUCCCGUGGCUCCCGUGGCUCCCGUGUCCCCCGUGGCUCCCGUGCCCCUCGUGGCUCCCCUGGCUCCCCCGGCUCCCGUGCCCCCCGUGGCCCCCGUGCCUCCCCUGGCUCCCGUGUCCCCCGUGGCUCCCGUGGCUCCCAUGGCUCCCGUGCCCCCCGUGGCUCCCAUGGCUCCCGUGCCCUCCGUGGCUCCCGUGGCUCCCAUGGCUCCCGUGCCCCUCGUGGCUCCCGUGGCUCCCCUGGCUCCCGUGGCUCCCGUGCCCCCCGUGGCUCCCGUGCCCCCCGUGGCCCCCGUGCCUCCCGUGCCUCCCCUGGCUCCCCUGGCUCCCGUGCCCCCCAUGGCUCCCGUGCCCCCCAUGGCUCCCGUGCCCCCCGUGGCUCCCGUGCCCCCCGUGGCUCCUGUGGCUCCCUUGCCCAUGGCUCCCGUGCCCCCCGUGCCUCCCCUGGCUCCCGUGCCCCCCGUGGCUCCCGUGUCCCCCGUGGCUCCUGUGGCUCCCGUGUCCCCAUGGCUCCCGUGCCCCCCGUGUCCCCCGUGUCCCCCGUGGCUCCCGUGGCUCCCGUGCCCCCCCUGGCUCCCGUGCCCCCCAUGGCUCCAAGGGAAGCAGUAA